AUGAAGAGUUUUGCUCUCCUUUUCCUAGUUGUGAUCUGUGGCAUGGGAGGACUGGGACAGAAGCUGAAGCCAAAGAAGAGAAGCAAUGGUGAAGAAAUCAAAUUUCGGACUAAAACCAAAGAUGUUUGCACAAUAACCACGAGUGGCGAUGUCGAGGAGAUGAAACUUAGAAUUGAAUGCAAAAGCCAAGGCUUGUCCUACUGGUGUGAAUUCAGUGGCAAGCCAUCAGUCUGUCGUGCUUUCAGAAAUAACCCAAAGAUUUACUGGAAUCAGAUCGCAGCAGAGCUCAGAAAGGUCCCGCACGCUUGCGAACCCAUGGAAGUGUUGAAGACCACCAUGUGCCAAAAGGCUCCCCCAGAAGCUCUCAUGAGGCAAAUAGCUGCUGGUAUGGAGCCAGAAGAGAUAGCAGACCAGGAAAAAUCAGUCCAGAAAGCCUCCAUUCCUAUGAGAGAAGCAGGGCAAAACUCUGACCCAGCCCAGCGUGGUCAAGGGUCUGAAAUUGAAACAGAAGCAAUGAAGCUGGCACGGGAACACUGCUGGGAAUCUCUGCAUGGUGUCUGCUCCUACAUCAUUGGCAUCCUUAGGGGCUAA